AUGCCUUCCCGCAAGAAGCAGCGCGCUAUUACAAGAGUUAAAGACCAAUGUAGGCACAGAGAACGCGGUCGAUGGCGGGACGAUCGAAGAAGGACACCCAAAAGUAUUCACAGCCGUACUAGAAGGGAAACAUUCACGAGAAAUCGUCAACCGAUAAGAGUUCAGCGGCGCAGAAUAGACAAGUCCCAUAAAACUCAUUCUAGAAACAGAUCUGCUAACUGCUUUAACCGUCGUGUGCAUCAGUCCACGUCCUCUUCAAGAAAACCGCGUGGUACAAAAUUGUCCCCAACUGUUAGUGCAAAUAGAGGAGAUUUAAGAAGAACGUUGGACCAACGUUUGAAUAAGAAAUUACCCAACUCUCAAUUUAGACAAGUACCCGAAGAGCGCGCUAAGGCGUUAGAGUCGACUGCAACCCACAGAGGUUUUGGGUCGGUGUUGGCAAACACUUCCACUCCCGGCAACCAACCAAUCACGGCAAUUACGGCAGAACCGUUCACGUACAUUCCUCCACCUCAGGAUUCUAAUAGGAGCUAUGGGCCAUUACAAAACUAUCGUUUUUUAGACCACUUUGUUGUAGCCACCAAAUUUUAG